GGAGGGCGGGGAGGAGGUCCCGCCCUCACCUCGCGCUCCUUUACGGGAAGUGAUGUGGGGGCAGACGGAAAAUACCCGCCAAGGACCCAAAAAGGCCGGCAGCGGGUGGACGCGGCGCGCGCACUGACAGAGCGGCGUGGGGACCGCGGGCGGAGCAGACAAAAGUAUCUUUUUAGAAGAGGACAUGUGAUUACAAGUUGCCUAAUUGUUGAAGUGUUGGAAACUCCAGUCUCUAAAGUUUUGGGGAAAUCAACCAGGAUUUAUACUUUGUCAAGGUGACACGCUGAGUUCUUCAUUAUGUCUGAUGGAGACUAUGAUUACCUUAUCAAGUUUUUAGCUCUGGGAGACUCGGGAGUAGGGAAGACCAGUGUGCUUUAUCAGUACACAGAUGGUAAAUUUAACUCCAAAUUCAUCACAACAGUCGGCAUUGAUUUCAGGGAAAAGAGAGUGGUGUACAGAGCCAAUGGACCAGAUGGAGCUGUUGGCAGAGGUCAGAGAAUCCACCUGCAGUUAUGGGACACAGCUGGACAAGAGAGGUUUCGUAGCUUGACAACUGCCUUCUUCAGAGAUGCUAUGGGGUUUCUUCUGCUUUUUGAUCUGACAAAUGAGCAGAGUUUUCUCAACGUCAGAAACUGGAUAAGCCAGCUACAAAUGCAUGCAUAUUGUGAAAACCCAGAUAUAGUGUUAUGUGGAAAUAAGAGUGAUCUGGAAGACCAAAGAGUAGUAAAAGAGGAAGAAGCCAGAGGACUUGCAGAGAAAUAUGGAGUCCCCUACUUUGAAACUAGUGCUGCCAAUGGGACAAACAUAAACCAAGCGAUUGAGACGCUCCUGGACCUGAUAAUGAAGCGAAUGGAACGGUGUGUGGACAAGUCCUGGAUUCCUGAAGGCGUGGUGCGUUCCAACGGUCACACCUCUGCAGAUCAGCUGAAUGAAGAAAAGGAGAAGGGGUCAUGUGGCUGUUGAAGGGGCUAGUGAGCUGAACAGCCAUUCAAGGGGCCCAUGUCUGUGACCUUCCCUAUAGUGAUACAUGACUCAGAGAGAGACAAACAGGCCUUGCGUACAAACUGCUUCUCACCAUCCCAAUUAAACCUAUCAGUAAAGCAUCCUGUUUUAAAAUUACUUUGCUGCAGCUUUGUAAAUAUUCUUUAAGAUUCAGCCUGAGAGUUAGGCAAAAUAUCUCACAUAGCCAAAAGUGCCUUAUAAGACAUUAGCCCCAUGGCAGUAGAUCAUUCAAGGAUUCAGGAUUUUGUAGCCACAGAACAGCGCAUUUAUUAUGUAGAAUGACUGAAGAUACCAUCCCUGCUUUACCAUAGAUAGGCCCAGAGUCUCACCUUUGAGAUCUUAGAAGGUCUUUUACACAGUCUUUAACGCAGAUUUAAGACCCUUCUUGCACCACAGGGGACUUUCUAAAAUGUCAUCUAAACAAUUUAAGUGUUAAAUAAGAAUAUACACAAAUGAUGGUUCAAUGUCUUGAGUGUAAUUUAUGUAAGCAUUCUCUUUAAAAUGAAUAUAGGACAAAUGAUUGGCCAUAUCUAUAGGCCCUGGAUAAACUGGAUUGAUCAAUUUCAUGCUCACUGUGGCUAUUUUUGGUGGGAAGGGCCUUGAGAAUAAGGACUGGGGUGGUCUAGUGUUCUGUAAGUGACUGAAGUGGGGACUUCUGGCUCCCCGCUCGAUUCCCUUUGCUCUGAAAGGUUGAUUGAAGGGUCAGGGAAUUAGAUUUUUAUGCCUUUAGUUCACAGUGAUCUGUGCAUUUAUACUUGGCCUAUGUGCUGGCCCUAUCUGAACAUAGCUGGUGCUUAUGUUGAAGUUAUUUGUGAUAAGCAAAUAUUUAGCUUCUUUUUCUUCAUAUUUAUAAUGUUGGUCUGGCAUCCUCAGGCUGUAGUUUCAAUUAGCUUAUGAAUGACUCAUCAUUUUUUUUUCACCAUCAGGCUCUAUCUUGUUGAUCUUUGAAACUUGUUUUGUUUUUAUAUGGGUGGAAUUGAAGGAAUUAGUUUAUAAUUACAUAACAUGUCUGUUUAUACUGUUUGGUGGAAGAUGGAUGUUUGUAUUUAAGCAAUUACAUUCGUAUUCUGUUUCAAAAUAGAAAAACAAAAUAUUCUAUAGCCUGUAGUUUUCACUGAGAUCAUGGGUAUUUACUGUACUUGCUGGAUCUUGCCAAGGUCACGUACCCUUCCACACUGCCAAAGUGUCUUUUUUACCAAAUUAAAGGUGUGUUUCAAAAUAUGCUUCAUGGCAGUUGUUUGUAAAAAUCAAAGGGGAAAAUUCUUAUUUAUUAAAGUAGUUUAAGUAGAUUAAAAUUUCCAAAGAACUUAAUGGCUAUUUAGGAAGAAAUACCACUCAUUAUAAUUUAAAUAAUAAAAAUAAAUGUAUUUUGUGAUGGCAUAACUGUAAUUAGAAAAAUACAACUAUGAUGAAAAAUAACUACUUGUAUAUGAUAAUUUUCAAACAGUUUUUUAUGGACCAUCUGUCCUGGUUUUUUUUUUUCUGCCACUGCCCUUCCACCACCUGCUUAAGAAACUUAGUUGUGCUUUCUAAGAUCUUACAUAUUUCUAUCCUGAAAAUUUAGACUUUUUAAAAUACCAAGAAGUCACUGAGUCCUAUGCAUUUGAAUUGUGUAUCCUAGUGAUAAAAGAUCCACAUAUUUCAAAGACAGGGUCCUCAUCAUAAUCAGUGCCUUGUAAAAUUGCUGUAAGACUUAAGUGGAGGAAAUAAUUUUAUAGCUAUGUACCAGGGGACGUUUUAUAUGAUUUACUUGUAUAGUGAAAAAGAAAACAAUAUCUGUAUUGUGUCAGCCUAUCAGGAAUCAAAUGAGCAAUUUGUACAGAUUCUAUUGGCCUUAAUACACAAUGAAAUACAUGCAUGAUACAGUGCACACACAAGAGCCAUUUUCAGUUAUUGACAUCAACAACCUGUAUACUCUUUGGAAAUCAUUUGUUUAAAUUUACUUUGAAGCAACAACAUAAACUUUCUUGUGUGUCAAUGUAUUUUUCUGUUUACAGGCUUGUGUAAAAGUGAAGUGUAUCUUCAGUGAACUUUGUGCCAGAUAAGCUUAUAAUAAAAAAAGUGGUUUAAUCUGUCA